AUGCUGAUCGUCGACUCAGCCAGGACUUUGUCAAAAUGCCAACUCGACCUCACGACCUUAGUCAUCAUUGCCGCUGUCGGUGCAGUAGCGCAGGGGGAGGUCUUUGACGCUGCUCUUGUGGUGAUCCUCUUCAACCUGGCAAAGGUGCUCGAGAUGACGGCCACAAAUCGCGUGUCAAGAUCUCUGAAAGCAGUGAUGCAGCUCUCUUCAAUUCGGAUGGUGACGCUCGCGAGCGGCAAGUCCGUUGCUACAACUGAUCUGAAGGUUGGCGACGUCAUCACCCUGAGGCCCGGUGAAGAAUGUCCUGCUGAUGGCAAGGUGACUCGAGGCUCUGCAUCGUGCUCCGAGGCCGCACUCACUGGUGAGGCGCGGCCCGUGGAGAAGCACGUCGGCAGCGAAAUGACUUCGGGAACACUUGUGCUGAAUGGUUACGUGGAGAUCACCGUAGAGAAGGAUUCCGAAGACUCCACUCUUGUCCAACUGGAAGAACAGGUGCAGGAAGCGCAGCUUCAACGCACGGGCAGACAGAUCUUCAUUGAGCGCUUUGCGGCAGUUUGGACCCCCCUGGUUCUGGCAAUCGUGCUCAUUGUGUCCACCCUGGUGCCCUUCUUGACGGACAAAGACUAUAGGUCAUGGAGUAUGAAGGGCCUGGUGAUCCUUCUUACAGCUUGUCCUUGUGCGAUCGUCAUCGGCGCGCCGUUAGCCACCACCUGCGCUAUCGCAGCAGCGGCAACAAAGGGCUUGUUCAUCAAGCGACCACACACCGUGGAACUGCUGCCAAGCGUCACAGCAGCUGGACUGGAUAAAACAGGCACGCUCACGACUGGUGAAUUCGGUGUUCGUGUUCAGGAAAGGUUUUCCAAGACCCCGCUCACUGCAGAUGCAUUAAAGCUGGCAGCAGCCUUGGAGAUGAAAUCUGCACACCCAAUCGCAGCGGCCAUCGUCUCCGAGGCCAUGGGCUGCAUUGGUGAGGCUAACGAGCACAAUGAGUUGCCGGAAGUCAAGGGGUUCCGGGUUGUUGAGGGCGUAGGAAUCAAAGGCCGAGUCCGAGUGGAGUCCUCUUUUGUGAGAGUUUUUGUCGGGAACAAGCGCGUCCUCGACGCUGUGAAUGCAACGCCCACCGCACACGCUCAGUUCGCAAACUUUCAGCAGCAGCACCCGAGCGACACAGCCGUUGCUGUCGUUGUCAACGACGAGCUGACUCUAGGCCUGGCCUUGAACGACACCGUUCGCGAGGAUGCAGCCCAGAUGGUGGAGGAGCUGCGCGACUUGGGCUGCGAGCCACGAAUUUUUACAGGCGAUGCGGAGCAGUCUGGCAGGGCGGUCGCCAUGGCCGUCGGGAUUGAUCCUGACUCCUGCCACUUCUCCAUGAAACCGGAGGACAAGUUUAUGGUGAUCAAGGAGUUGGAAGAGGAGGGGAGCUUAUCCUUAAUGCUGGGCGACGGCAUCAACGACUCCAAAGCCCUGGCAACAGCCACCGUGGGCAUUGCCAUGGGCGAGCGCAGCGCGGCCUUGGCUGCCAAGACGGCGGACAUGGUCAUGAUCACGGAUAAGAUGAUCCGACUGCCACAGUGCAUCCGACUCUGCCGAUAUGCAGUUCUAAUUGAGAAGCUGAACGUCUUCCUCCCGCUUUUGGUCAAGGUGGUCGAGUUGGGUUUUGCACUGGCCGGGAAAUUCGAGCUGUGGAUGGCAGUCGUUGGGGAUGUAGCGACCCUUGUCCUGGUGCUGGCGCUCGGUACCACGAUCCUCUCCCGGCGCUUCUGGCAAACCGAUGGCGACGAGACGGACAGUUCUGGCUCGGAGGAUGAAUGA